AUGAAGAUUGCUGCGAUCGCUGCUGCACUCGCCUGCCUCGUGUCGUCCGUGGCUGCCGAUCACCCGACCACCAUGGAUUUUGGCAUGAUGACCUCCAACCAGGCGAUGACCCCCGGUCUCCGCGGUACGUCGGUCGUCGUGCCUGCCGGGGUCAUCACCAACUCGAUCGACGCCAAGAACAACAAGGUGGUCGUGAGCAAGAGCAACAUCCGCCUGACCAAGAGCGACCGCGUGCAGAUCGCCGAUGUUAUCAAGGAGAUGCUGGCAACUCACCCGGAGGCGAACCGGGCCGCUGCUGAGCUGGUCCUCGAGCAACUCGAGCCCGACACCAGCGGUACGACGGGGGCCGUCGUGUCGAACCCUGCGGUGAUCUCCAACGUGGUGAGUAGCAUCUACUCGGCUAUGACGCGCAACCCGGCUGCGGCUACUGGGCACGCGAUUGGUGCUAUCGCUGCAGCUUACCCGGCGGUGAUGGCGCCUACUCCGUUGCCGACUCGCUACGACGUCAACAACCCGACGCGCUACAUUCCCCCCAUGUCUGGGACGAUGGGAACUUCUCCGUACAACACCGCGGGCAUCGGGGGCUUGCCGUCUAAUAUGGGUGCUCCUGCGUCCCCGUCGUCGUAA